AUGGCUAAUUAUCUGUUUGCCUUAUUCACAAGCUUCAUUAUUCUUAUUCACGUACAAACAAUUAAAAAAGAAGAUUUGCUUUGGUAUGAAAAACUUCAUCAAUUAGACCGCCUUCUCUAUGAUAAGUUUAGAAUUGAAGCUACUCUUGAAGCUAUACAAAAUUUUGUGAAACGAAAUACACUCGAACGGAAUCUGGCUCUGGUUGUAGACGCAACAAAUCAUCACCAUAAGUUUCCGAUACCGAAGAUUGAUGAUGCAAAUGAUGUUCUACUGAUUAAAAAGUUCUAUGGAAUUCUCUUUGAAUUAAUGAAGUUGUGGGAAAAUGCUGAAUGCUAUUGUGACAUACAUGUUGAUACUCAUACAAUUUGCUAUAAGUGA